CCUGUUUCCCAGGGCACGCUGGGAAUUGCAGGCCGCCGCACUGGGCACCGUGGGAGUUGUAGGCCGCUGUGAGCGGAUAGCGUGCAGUGGGUUCAAGUCUUUCGCUGUGGCUAGAGCUCCGGAAUCUGUUUUCGGAGCUGUUGCUUCUCGGUUAGAGAGCUGGGGGCCACGGUGUCGGGGCGAUGCGAGACUGCGGGCCGCUGCGAGACGGCGGGCCGCUGGGGAUAGCCGGCGUGGCGCUGCUCCUCAUGGCCGCCGGGACGGGAGCAAGGCCGCGGCCCGCCGCCCCCGGGGACCAGCCCCGAUCUAACGUGGUGUUGGUGGCCUGCGACUCCUUGGAUGGACGCUUGACAUUUUUGCCUGGAAAUCACACUGUAGAUUUACCUUCCAUAAAUUUUAUGAAAAGACAUGGCACUGUUUUUCUUAAUGCCUACACCAAUUCUCCAAUUUGUUGUCCUUCCCGUGCAGCUAUGUGGAGUGGUCUUUUCACUCAUAUAACAGAAUCUUGGAAUAACUUCAAAGGUCUAAACCCAGAUUAUGUAACAUGGAUGGAUCUCAUGGAGAAGCAUGGCUACCAUACACAGAAGUUUGGGAAAUUGGACUUUACUUCUGGACAUCAUUCAGUAAGUAACCGUGUGGAAGCUUGGACUAGGGAUGUUAACUUCCUGCUCCGACAAGAAGGAAGACCCAUGGUGAAACUUACAGGCCAUAGGAAGCAGUUUAGAGUAAUGGAAAAAGAUUGGCAAAAUGUCGAUAAAGCAGUAAAUUGGAUAAAGGAAGAAGCUGUUAACUUUACUCAACCAUUUAUUCUGUACUUGGGACUAAAUUUACCACACCCGUAUCCAUCACCCUAUGCAGGAGAAAAUUUUGGAUCCUCUACAUUUUUAACAUCUCCCUAUUGGCUUGAAAAGGUAAAUUAUGAAGCUGUUAAAAUACCUAAGUGGUCUUCUCUUUCAGAGAUGCAUCCUGUAGACUAUUACACAUCGUACACCAAGAAUUGCACAGGAGAGUUUACAAAGGAAGAAGUGAGAAAUAUUAGAGCAUUUUAUUAUGCUAUGUGUGCAGAGACAGAUGCCAUGCUGGGUGAGAUUAUUUCAGCUCUGCGAGAUACUGGGCUUCUUGGAAAAACAAUUGUUAUAUUCACUGCAGAUCAUGGAGAACUUGCUAUGGAACACCGUCAGUUCUAUAAAAUGAGCAUGUAUGAGGGAAGUUCCCAUGUUCCUCUUUUAGUUAUGGGACCAGGUUUAAGAGAACAGCAACAAAUACCAAAUGUAGUAUCUCUCGUGGAUAUCUAUCCUACUAUGCUUGAUAUAGCAAGAAUUCCUGUCCCACAGAAUCUCAGUGGAUAUUCUCUUAUACCGCUGCUACGUGAAAAGGCUGAAAGCGAAGAGUCACCCAGAGGAGCUCGGCCCUCAUGGGUGCUGAGUGAGUUCCAUGGGUGCAAUGUGAAUUCCUCUGUAUAUAUGCUGAGAACUGGCAAGUGGAAAUACAUCACGUACUCAGAUGGCUCUUCAGUACUUCCCCAACUCUUUGACCUUACUGCUGAUCCAGAUGAGCUUACAAACCUUGCCAUAAAAUUCCCAGUAACUGUACAUUCUUUGGACAAAAUACUUCGCUCUAUAGUAAACUAUCCAAAGGUUUCUUCUUCUGUUCACGAGUAUAACAAACAACAGUUUAUCAGUUGGAAACAAAGUUUGGGUCAAAAUUACUCAAGUGUUAUUGCAAACCUUAGGUGGCAUCAAGACUGGUUAAAGGACCCAAAAAAGUAUGAGAAUGCAAUUGACAAGUGGCUUGGAGAUGUUGAUGCUCUUCUGGGCAUCCAUUAAAGGUGUUGAUAUUUGACUGGCUGGAUUGGGAUGGACAGACACCCUUUCUCAAAAAAUCUAAGUUAAAGCCCUCUUCAGGAGUCUGGCAAGUCUCUGACCAAAGAUUCUUUUUCCCUGCUUUGUCACAUGGGCCCCAUUGCCUCCAGGAAACCAGGGCAUGGCAAAAGGGCUGAAGUAACCUAAGUCCUGACUAUGGCACCAUGGUUUCAAUCAAUUGUUGCCCCUCCAAGGUCAUCUGGUCCUUUCGUAAUAAUAUAAUUUCGUAACUUGUGAGCCCAUAAAGAAAACACACAUUAUCAUUCUAGUCUCAGAUUGCUCAGGCAUUUCUAAGAAUAAGCCUUUGAAAUGUGAGGAAGUGUGUCAAAGCUUAUCCUCACAGUUGUGUUAUAAGCCACUAGCAACGAGAAUAAAGCAUAUUGUUGAUUUAAAUAAGUUUAGAAAACCAGGAUAGCAGUAUCAUCUUUCAAACGGAUUUUUCACUAUUUUUUUUCCUCUUCUGUUUUAUUAGAUUUCAAAGUGAAAGAUAACGUGUGUCUUUCUGAAGUACCUUCCUGUCAAAUGUUGUUUUAUAGCUUUUGCUAAACAUAGGUACUUGUUUCAGCUUUUGUGAAGUCACAUUACCUUUAAUUCCUCUCUCUUACUGAAGCUAGAAGGUUAAAAUUAAAAUUGGAAGCAAUAAACCUCUCCAUAAAACAUCUUUAAUCUUACAGAUUGAACUAUCCUUAGGUCUUCAGGCUUAUGUAAUACUGAAAAUUCUAUGGAGGCAUUGAGCCAUGGAAAGCUGGUAUUUUUACACAAUUCCUUGUAAACAGUAAAUCUAUGUGUAUAUAUACCCUUAUUGUUUUUAGAGCAGCUCCUUACUGGAAACCUAGAGAAACUCUGAGAUUUAAUGAAAUGUAGUGAGUAACAGCAUAUAUAGGAUGGCUAAAGGAUUUAUUUACAACGAACAGCCAUACUUUUCUUCAGAAUUAUAAAUUUUUAUUUCUGUAAUAAUAAUAAAAAUUACCAGAAAAGUGCAAAUAUCCCCUUUGCCAUUGUCUGAGCAUCCUGACCCACUUACAGUAUAAACACCACCUCAUGUUGCAGAAUUGGUGUGUGUGUGCCAUGCUUAUAGACAAUAUUUCCCUUUGUUGUAAACCAAAAAAAUCAUCUGUAAAAUGCAAGAUUUUUUGACAAACACUGCAGUAAAGAUUAAUCAGAGGGUGAUAUAUAAAAUAUUUUUUCUUCUAUUUCAUACAAACUGUGAAUAAGAUAUAGUUAUGAGAAGUAGUUAGAAUCCUAAGUCUUAAAAUAUCAUGUCAUAGAUACAUGAAUUCACAGGAAAGUAUGCUGUAAAGAUUAUGAAGAUUAUGUUCAGGGAAUACCAGGUGAUUAUGAAGAAAAUCUAAGUAAAAUCCUCCAAGUUGCCUCUUCUAUUAUGAAUUGCUGAGUAACUCUAAUCACAAAUCAGUGAACUACUGGCAUCCUCUCCCAGUGGCAUUCAUCAAGUAGAUGCACCCAUCUUGCUUAUCUCAUUUCUAGUAAUGAUUGGCAGGGUUCUUCAAUAAGGUCUGAAGAAAAGCUUGUUUUAGUUACACAAAUACAUAUUGGGAAAGGAUUAUUCUCCACACAAAUGCAUAGAAACUUGCUCUCUUAACCAGAUUAUAU